CGCCCCGCGGCCGCUGCCGGGCGUCGUGUUGCCUCCCCCGGGCCACCAUGGGCUCGUAAGAUGCCUUCCCUGUGGAAACGGAUCACGUUCUCGGUGGCCUCGGCGCUGUGUGUCGGCUCCGUGGUGCUGCUGCUGGUGGCCCUGUCCACGGAGCGCUGGGUCAGCGGCCGGAUCCUGUGCAAAACCGCGGUUGAGUUAGUCAACGCGUCCCACCCGGAGCUGGACCAGUUCAUCGGGGACAUAUACUACGGCCUGUUCCAGGGAGGGAAGACCAAGAAGUGCGGGCUGGGAGACAGGCGCUCCAAAAUCUACAUUUUUCCGAAGCUUGUGCAGACGUUGAACAGUGGCCUUCACAUGAUGGUGAUUCUUUUCCUGCUGGCAGCUGUGGGGUUUGCGGUGGUCAGUCUAUCCUUCUGCAUUUAUAAUGCACGCAAAGUUCCCUACCAGAGCAUCAAAGGACACAAGGGCCUCUAUCUGUGGAACUUCAUUGCUGCUCUUUUCGGUGCCCUGGGUGUCCUGUGUUUCCUGGCAGCAGUAAGACACCACAGUCUGACCGAUCGAGUGGCAAACUACAGAGAGAACCUCUUUGUCCUCAUCGUCCUUGAAGACAGUCUGGACUGGUCUUUCUGGCUUGGCGUUGGCAGCAUCGGGACUCACUUUGCCGUCUGUGGAGUUGUGGCCAUGAGUCGGAUCAAGCUUCCCAAACCAGAAAUCAAAAAACCUGAAGAGCCAACAAUCUCUGCUCUGGACCUGUUGUACUGA